AUGGCUUUUAAUAUUUCUCAACUUCUUCUUGAAAACACAUUGAAAACUUCGGAAAAAAUUGAAGAAGUUCAAGAGAAAAUUGAAGAAGAAGAAGAGGAGGAAGAAGAAGAAGAAACUGAGGAAGAUGUGACAACUCCAUCUACAGUAACCCCAUGGGGUCCGCUGGCAAGUAGCCAAUUGGCAAUGUUUGCGAUUGCAAAUGAUUUGACGACACCGACGCUUGUAGAAUUGCAAAUGUUGUUGGGAGUUUCUGGUGAGUUUGGAAAAAAUUAAGGUUCAGAGAGGUUCACAAAAAAUUUAUUGUGUUCUGAAAUUUCUACCAACAAAAUUUUUGAAUCUUCAUUUUUCAUUUCAAAAAUUUUAUGUGAAAUUUGAAAUAACACACAUUUUUUUAAAUUUAAGUUUGAAAAAUCAAAAAUCCAAAAGUUUCCUGAAUCAUUUCACACAGAUACCGUAACCUGAACCUUUAAAAAACAAUACAGUAUCAUUUUCUAACUAUGCAAAAUUUUUUUGAAAAUUUAGGGCUACUGUAUCUUUUCUCUGUAAUUUUUUCUUCAUUACGUAUUAUGUAAAAAAAACUUUCCAAAAUUUUUGGGUUUUUAAAAGAUUUGUAAUUUCUGUACUUUAAUUAUUUUCAUUUUUGCUUUAAAAUUUUUAAUUCUUUGUUUCCAGCUCGAAAGCACGACUACAAACGAUCUCGAAAAUCAGUAAGCGAACGAAAACCACGUCAAGCAUAUUCUGUCAAACAACUCGAUCGAUUAGAAUCCGAAUUUCAAAACGACAAAUAUUUGAGUGUCAACAAACGAAUCCAACUUUCUCAAUCUCUAAAUCUCACUGAAACACAAAUCAAAACCUGGUUUCAGAAUCGAAGGUAACUUGAGGAUUGUACUUUUUUUUCUGAAAAAAUCGGAAAUUUUCAACAGGACAAAAUGGAAGAAACAAUUGACAUCUUCAAUUCGUCAAAUGUGUCGAGAUGUUCCGCCACUUCCAUUUCUUCCAGCUCCGCCAUAA